AUGCAUUUGAUGUACACUUUGGAUGCCGAAGGCAAGAGAAUUUACACUUUGAAGAAGGUGACCGAAAACAACGAGAUCACCAAGUCUGCCCACCCAGCCAGAUUCUCUCCAGAUGACAAGUACUCCAGACAAAGAGUGACUUUGAAGAAGAGAUACAAUCUUUUACCAAACUAG